ACUUGGGCGUAGCUGACACCAGAUCAGAAGUUGCCCAUUGACCAUUGCUCGUACUGACACCAAAUCAGAAGUUGCCCAUUGCUCUUAUGAAAACAAAUCAAGAAUAAAGAAUUCUAUGAAGAGGGCUAUUUUCUUCGAUUAUUAUAUAUAUUUUUCAGCUGAAACCGUGUUUCUACUGCUGAAGACUAGUUCACCUGCGGCUACGAGGCCGACUCGUCACUUACUUACUCCUGCUACUGUUAGCUUAUCAAGAAUAAAUCCUUCUUUCAUCGUUCUUUUCUCCUGCAAAACGUUCCCUUCUUUCUUUUCCUGUUCCUCUGCUCUCUAAUCUUCUCUUUGUAGUGGAAAUGAAGUUGCUUUUUUGUUUGUGUUUGUGGGUGGUGUGUGGCCGAGGACUGCGGGUUAUGGCUGCAAGUAAUGACAGUAGCAGCACGCAGAGGAAGCUUGAUCAAACACCCACAUGGGCUGUGGCUGGUGUUUGCGCUGUUAUGAUCAUCAUCUCUAUUCUCUUAGAAAAAGGUCUUCACAAAUUUGGAACGUGGUUGACAGAAAGGCACAAGAGAGCUCUAUUUGAAGCCUUGGAGAAGGUUAAAUCUGAGCUAAUGAUUCUAGGAUUCAUUUCACUGCUCCUAACUUUUGGGCAGACAUACAUUACAAAAAUAUGUAUUCCCCAGAAUGUUGCAGACACUAUGUUGCCAUGUCGAGCUGAUGGUGAAAAUGACCAAACUGAAGAACAACAUCGCCGGAGGCUGUUGUGGUUUGAACGUAGAUUUCUAGCAGGUGCUGAAACCACUAGUAAAUGCAAAUCGGGGUAUGAACCACUUAUAUCAGUUGAUGGACUGCAUCAAUUACACAUCCUCAUAUUCUUCUUAGCAGUCUUUCAUGUCUUAUAUAGUUUAACUACCAUGAUGCUUGGAAGACUAAAGAUUCGUGGUUGGAAGGAAUGGGAGCAGGAGACUUCAUCCCAUGAUUAUGAGUUUUCAAAUGAUCCUUCAAGAUUCAGGCUGACUCAUGAGACAUCUUUCGUGAGAGCACAUACUAGCUUCUGGACUAGAAUUCCUUUCUUUUUUUAUAUUGGAUGCUUCUUCCGACAAUUUUUUAGGUCUGUUAGCAAGGCUGAUUACUUGACAUUGCGCAAUGGAUUUAUCACAGUUCAUUUAGCUCCUGGAAGUAAGUUUAAUUUCCAAAAAUACAUAAAAAGAUCAUUGGAAGAUGAUUUCAAGCUCGUUGUGGGAGUAAGUCCUGUUUUGUGGGCAUCCUUUGUAAUUUUCCUGCUCCUAAAUGUUAAAGGAUGGCAAGCAUUAUUUUGGGCUUCUAUGACCCCUGUGAUUAUAAUCUUUGCUGUUGGGACAGAGCUUCAAGCCAUUCUGACAAAGAUGGCUCUUGAAAUUGCAGAAAGACACGCAGUGGUGCAAGGGAUGCCUCUUGUCCAAGGCUCAGACAAAUAUUUUUGGUUUGGUCGUCCUCACUUGGUUCUUUUUCUUAUCCAUUUUGCUUUAUUUCAGAAUGCUUUUCAAAUAACAUAUUUCCUGUGGAUAUGGUAUUCAUUUGGGUUAAAAUCUUGCUUUCAUUCCAAUUUCAAGCUUGCUAUAGUAAAGGUUGCUUUAGGGGCUGGGGUCUUAUUUCUCUGCAGCUACAUCACACUUCCACUAUAUGCCCUAGUAACUCAGAUGGGUUCACAUAUGAAGAAAUCAAUCUUUGAUGAACAAACAAGUAAGGCCCUUAAGAAGUGGCAUAUGGCUGUGAAAAAGAGGCACAAGAAAGAAGGGAAGUCUCCAACUAGGACCUUUGGUGGAACUGGAAGUGCAAGCCCAGCCUCAACAGUACACUCUCCUGGUAACAAACUUCACCGUUUCAAAACCACUGGACACUCAACUCGCUCCUACACCUAUGAGGACCAGGAAAUAUCUGAUAUGGAAGCUGAGACAUUGUCACCCACGUCUUCAACCACCAACUUGAUUGUAAGAACCAGUCAGGAUGAUGAAGCAGCCGAAUUAAGCGAACCCCACGACGAAGAAGAAACAAGCCAUGAAGAUGACUUCUCUUUUGUCAAGGCUGCUGUAACAAAAUUACCAUAGAGGCAAAGUUCACUGGGCUUUAUGCCAUGCCACCCCUUUGUACAUUUGGGUCUGAUAACACAUCAAUAUAGGUUUUUUUUUUUUUUUUUUGGCUUAUAAUGAAAUUCAAACUCCAUAUCUCAUUGUUACACCAACGACUUUAAACUUGAGAAUCACUAAGUUUAGCUCAUUACUCAAACUCAAACUUCAUAUCUCAUUAUUUUUUUU